AUGGAGGACGAGCAGUUUAUGCAACAGCUGCGGAACCUUACCUGCCAGUCUGUGGACUGGAGCGGUUUCGAUCCUUCAAAGUGGCGUGACGAAGAUAUCAAUGACUGGGACAUUAGUGAUGACGCCCAGGGUGAUGAAGACGACAAUUAUGCAUCCGACGCUUCUAUCCUGAGCGCCCGCCAUCUGGAUCCCUUUAACGUCAAACCUAUUACUCGCCCUCACCAUACUGGCCGUACCUCCUUGCGCGUUGAGGACGUGACCGACGAGCAGGAAGAGUACCGCGAUGCCUCGGACUUGGAGAACAUCAGAUGGCCAGAAGUCAGCGUGGAGCAGGGCGAGAUCGAUCCCAUCACAGAACUCUUUACUCCCUGGAGAAUGGUUCUGGAGUAUCCCAACCUGUUUGUUGGCAAGCGCAACGGCGCGAGGGCUCGGCCUCUUUUUACGCUCGAGAGCCUACACGAAAACCGCAUGUGGGAUCUAUUCUACCUCUACCGGCCGUCCAACGAGGGGAACAAGAAUCCCUUGAUCUUCGUCCCAACCUACCAGAUGCAACACCUACUCGACGUCAUAAACAGAAAACUCGACGUAGAGUUCACGUUUCCUCGCGGACAUCAAGACAUGUUCGCCAUGCCAUUUGGGCAGAGUAAUACAGCGAAACCGCGAUUUCUUGGCCGUUCCAGAUCUGCCGAGGAAUGGAAGCAGCUUACGAACAGCGUCCCGGCGCGUAAGCCCGGAGACACGUCGGAAAAUGCUCCUUUCCUUGCCAAGCAGGAGCUAACCCGCCGCUUAAACAGCAUCUUUUCAAUCCAAGACAAGAGCAAGAAGACCAAGAACAACCAGUACAAGCGAUGCAAUCUUCACCGCGCCUGGGGGAAAAAUAUCAAGAGGGUUCAGCGGUAUCUCGGUCUUCGCCGCAGAGUUUUAUCUGACCCGGAAGUGCCAUCAUUUACCCCGCUGGAUCUCACCCAGCCUACUGGCAUCCAGCCGGAGAAGUCUGUCGUGUUUGUGGCGAUUGACCUUGAGGCUUAUGAACUGGACCAAAGCAUCAUCACCGAGGUCGGCCUGGCAAUUCUUGAUACCGCUGAGAUCACAAAUGUUGCUCCUGGUGAAGGCAGCAAGAACUGGUUCGACUUCAUAAAAGCACGACAUAUCCGCGUCAAGGAGUUUUCGUGGGCCCAAAACUCCAGGCAUGUCCAAGGCCGCGCCGAAUACUUUGACUUUGGCGAGAGCGAGUUCAUCGAGGUCGCGAAGAUCGCCAGCGUUCUGAAGGAGACCAUCGAGGGAGAGUCCUCCACCGGCGGUGAGGGAGCAAAGCGCCCCGUGGUCCUUGUGUUCCACGACCAAUCUCAAGAUCUCAAGUACAUUCGCAUGCUUGGCUAUGAUGUGGCCAGCGCGGACAACAUUUUGGAGGUGGUAGACACUCGAGAGAUGUACCAGUAUCUCAGCCGUUCGAACAACGCCUCCAAACUUUCGAAUGUUUGUGGCUUCCUCGACAUUUCGUGGAAGAAUAUGCACAACGCUGGAAAUGACGCGGUCUACACGCUUCAGGCCAUGAUGGGCUUGGCCAUUGACAUGCGGCAGAAGAGCUUGGAGAGGGCUGCUGCGAAGGCUUCAAAGGCGAAUACGAGUGAUGGUUAUGUUACUUACUCUGAAUUCACCGCGACGAAGGAGGACGUCGAUGAGGGUUGGAUCAGCACCGGGGAGCUGUCUGAUGGUGGCGAACCAAGCUUGGUGAUGGCGGCGAGCCCCGUCCCUAACUCCGUCGUGAAGACUACAGUGGAUGAAAACUGGGAGUUGUAA